AGCUGGAGAAGCGGCCGCAGCCGCAGCUGCCUCGGAGCUCUGAGGAGCUGGAGGAUCUGCACAAGCUGCUGCACUUCCCCGAGGAGGUGGCGCUCAGGUUGACGGAAAUUGAGUAUCAGCUAUUUUAUCAGGUACCACCGAACGAGUACCUUAAGCACGUCUCCCAGGAUUCAAUCGCGUUGCAAAAAUCACCCGCGAGGCCACCCCCAUCGCCGAGUCGCAGCUGCAGCAGCCCCAGUACAGCGAAUAGCUCGACCCAGACAGAGGAAGAAUCCUCUUGGCCCGGUGUUACAGUAAUUUCUUCCGUUCAGACACUCAUCAAUCGAUUCAAUGAGGUUAACUCAUGGGUAACACACGCCAUAACCAGCGGUACCACCGUAGAAGAACGUCAGGCAGUGUUAUCUUGUCUUCUACGUGUAGCACUAACUUGUUGGAACACCGGUAACUUUAAUUCGGCUAUGGAGAUUAUCGCUGGUCUCAAAUCGAACAAGCUAAAGCCAUUUUGGCCAAGCAUAAGCGAGCCAAUUCCGGUCUUGGAAUAUCUUGCCUCCGCCCUUUUGUCUUCCGAGUACGAGCAUGCGUUAGCUCGUGCUCUCGCAAUGCCGGAAUGUCCAGUGGUGCCAUUUUUUGGUGCCUUUUUGCGAGAAUUAAGAGGAGUCAUUGCUACCGAAUACAAGAGCGAUACCGAGCGAAAGAACAACCGCGAGAGCACGAAAGAGAACGCGAAAGAGGUUGGGCCAAUUGAAAAUGUAGCAUCCUCUGAUACAUCGGUCGGUCCGCGUAUAGACGUCGAGAGUAAUACCGAAGCUCCUUCAGGAUGGAGCUCGACUAGGAGUGGCUCUUUGAAAAAGAUAAACGAGUCCUACGAUGCGAACGCCAUCCUGGAAAAAGUUGCCCUCUUUCACAAGCAUCGACACGCUCGUGGAAGGGAUGCAACAACUGGUUCCCUUCACCGCACCCUUAGUUUACACACAACGGCGAUCGAACAGACCUACAUGGCCGAGGAAUGCGAUGAGAACGAUUAUCAUCUCGAUCUCGAUUCAUAUAAACCGGUCCAACCGAUCCUGAUCGAUCAUGGGGUUGCACUUUUCCCGGUAGCCGCACCUCACACAGGAAUGGAUCUUCACAUCUUACAGGUGCUACACCAUGGUACAACUUUGGUACAUUGGGAUUGUGAAAGUGGCACUUCGAGAACGGCCUUGGUAUUCGCACGAGUAGAUCGAGCGUGCGGUACCUUCGUCUGGGAGAAACCACCGUGGAGUCCAUUGAAAACGGGCCAACUCGGUUAUACCGAGUUCUCGAUCACGACCAAUCCUGAGGAUAUCGUACCAGAUAGCUUGGUUACCAGAUACGCUGUACAACAAAGUGAUUGUGCUUCGGUCACUUUGGAGGAAGGAUAUCUCGAUUUGGCCUCCGUUAAAGAAAUCAUGAUCGGUUGUUGCGACCGUGACAGAGAGGCCGAUCUUAGGAGUAUAUGCAAGAGGUACGGCCUACCUGGCUCAGAUUCCUGUAUCGGCCUCAUGUAUGGUUCCAAUCUACCUGACAAUCGAUUGCUCUUUUUACUUUGUCCUCCGGCCCUUGGCAAAAUAUGGUAUAUGGGACUUUGUUGGAUAUUACGAGGCCUGAAACGACAGCGACAGUUAACAGAUCGUAGAUCGCGUUGGUUAAAAGAAAAAUAUCUACAAUUAUAUUUCAAAGAAGGUUGCCUCGAGCCUAUGACCGCCGAUGCGAUACGAGUAUUUGGUGGUCGCGAUUGGUCAAUGACCGAAAGUGUUGGAAACCUUUCGCCAACUAGCAGCGGUAAUCUACGUAGACGAAACGUUAAAGGAAAAAAGACCAAAUCCAUCAGCAAUAUUCAUGCACUAACAAAAGAGCUCAGCUUUAAACAGUACGAUUCCUCGUCCUCGGAUGGCGGCUUAUCUGCCGCUCCUCUUCGUCACAUAACUGGCAGCAGAGAAUCCUUGACGAAAAUAAUUCCAGCAUCGCCGAGAUCCAGCAGAGAUCGAAUUCCAUCGCGCAGUCCACCCGGUUCGGCCGAAAGAAUAGUCACUUCCAACUUGCCUUAUUCGAGUUUACAAAGCUUACUUUGCGUUCCUAGAGACAAGGACAGAAAUGGUGGUGGAGUGCCAGGUGGAUCGGAAGCUCCUUGGCAGGUGAAAACACGUACCACUUCCAUUAUAUAUGAGACCCAGCUGAACUUUGUCGAGUUCGUGGCACUUUUCCGAUCGUUCAGCCUUCGAGCUAGAAAGGACCUACGUGAUCUCUUCGGGCAGCUAGCGAUCACGUGCCGAAGUCAAAGCGAUGGUUCUCUUCGAGACUUUAGUACGCGUCCGGCCGUAUUGAGACAGGCCAGCGAUGCAACUCCACAAAGAAUCGGACUUUUAACGAGGAACAAUUCAAUCGAUUGUCACGAAUACAAGAGCAGUAGUAACCUUCGCAAGAAGCAAAUCUUUGACGCAGUUGCAGCAGCGAGUAUAGUUAACAAUUGUUCUGGCGUCGACACGUCCAAGUCCCAAGUAAUCACUCUAGCCACGUUUACAAAGUUCCUCGAAUCUCGACAACAAGAAAAGCUUACCGACGACGAGAUCAAAGCCCUCGUCAAGAGGCACGAACCAGAUCCAGUUUUGCGCACACAGUGGUGUUUAUCUUUCGAGGGUUUUGCACGAUACAUGAUGGACAAGGACAAUUACGCUUUCCCAAACGAAUACGCGACGCCAUCGGAAAGCGAAAUGCAACAACCCUUGUCUCAAUAUUACAUCGCAAGCUCGCACAACACUUAUCUGACUGGUCAUCAGCUCAAGGGCGAAUCAUCCGUCCAGCUUUAUUCACAGGUCCUUUUGACCGGAUGUCGAUGCGUAGAACUAGACUGUUGGGAUGGCGACGAUGGAUCGCCUCUCAUUUAUCACGGUCACACCUUUACCACCAAGAUACCUUUUCGAUUGGUCGUAGAAGCGAUUGACAGAAGUGCAUUCGUCAGUUCACCGUAUCCAGUCAUACUGUCUAUUGAAAAUCAUUGCUCCCAGAGUCAACAAGCACGAAUGGCACACAUCUUUCAGUCGGUCUUUGGUGAAAAACUCGUAACGAAGUUUCUAUUCGAAACGGAUUUCGGUGAGGAUCCUCAGUUACCCUCGCCUUCACAAUUGCGAUAUAGGAUAUUGAUCAAAAAUAAGAAAUUAGUAGUGGAUCCAACUGGGCCGUUAGUUCAUCCUCCGGUAUCCUAUCGUGGUAAAAUGUUGAUGACAGAUCGUGCAUCGUCUAUGAAACAAAUGCGAACGGACGUAAGUAGCACGUCUGUACCCGAGUACUUCAGUGAGGACGAGGACGACGAGGAAGAUGACGAUGAGGACGAUAAUAUCGAUGACAAUUCAAUAUCGAGCUACGAGAGAUAUUUGGGUGGUAAUCCAUUAAUACAAAGCCGUCUAAAAUCGGAUAUGGGAGUCGACGAUAAAAUUCAACCAAAGCAGAGCAGUCAAAUUGCUAAGGAACUUUCGGAUUUAGUUGUUUAUUUACAAGCUAUUAAAUUCCGUGGUCUAAACACAACACCGGGAACAGGUACCUCUGGGAAAAUUCGUCAUCCUUCUCAUACCGGACCCGUUCAAAGACACAGUAUCGCUGGAAUCGGGACCAGCGGUGUUGCUUCCUCUACGGGAUCGCCACAAUCACUUUCAACGUCUGCUUCGAUCGCUAGCGGUGGCAGUAAUAUCGAUAAUCUUUUCAGGUCGACACGCGGCGUACCAGCGUGCUUCCAGUGCUCGUCUCUAAACGAAAGCACUGCCAAAAAAAUUUGUAGAAAGCAGCCAUUGGGUGUCGUAGCACACGCGGAAACACAAUUGGUUCGAACAUAUCCAGCUGGAAUGCGUAUCGAUUCGACCAACUUCAAUCCUGUAAUCUUCUGGGCAUUUGGUAUACAAAUGGUAGCGUUGAAUUAUCAGACCGACGAUGCAGGAUUGAAUUUGAAUGCUGCCAUGUUCGAACAGAACGGACAAUGCGGAUACGUGAGGAAACCUUCGGUAAUGUGGGACAAGAGUCACAUGAUGUAUAGACGUUUCAAUCCAUGGGACAAAGAAUUCGAUGGUCUUCACUCCGCUCAUUUGACUUUAUCGGUAGUGUCGGGACAAUACGUUUCACCAACAAAUUUCUUUGCCAGUACGUACGUCGAAAUUGAGCUGGUGGGCAUACCGAUCGAUUGUGCAAAACACAAAACAAAAGUCAUACAAAGCAAUGCCCUUAAUCCAAUUUGGAACGAAAAAUUCUGUUUUCAAGUAAUGUUCAAAGAUCUAGCCUUUCUAAGAUUUGGUAUAGUUGAAGCAAGCUCGCAUCAUUUGAUAGCACAACGCGUUAUGCCUUUGAAAUGUCUUAGACCAGGUUACAGACACGUUAGAUUGCGUUCGUGCAAAAAUAAACCAUUGGCAUUAUCCACGUUAUUUAUAUAUUCACGACUUGAAGAGGAAAGUCUCGAUUACAAUACCUGCUGUCGUGAUCACAAGGAAACGUCUUCGAAACGACCAUCGUCGGGAAAGGAACCGGACAAAUUGACCAGCGUAGAUCCAGGUCUCGGUGGUGUCACGUUAAAGAGAAGAAUGUUUUUCCUUAUGGUUUAUCACGUAAUACCGGAGGAACCGUAUACUAUUUUAAAAGUAACCCAAGAAAGUACUACUCAAGAGGUAAUGUUGCAAGCGUUACAAAAGGCAGGAAUAUCGCCGGAACACGUGGACGAAUAUAUUCUUGUGGAGGAGGUGUCACGUGGAUGGGAAAAACGAGAUCGAGAGGAAUUACCAACUCAAAGGGUUCUCGAUCCAACCGAACAUCCUCUUCAAGCGCAAGCCCUAUGGAAAGGACAGGGUCGAUUCUUAUUAAAACGUGUCGGCGAUGAUCCAAGUAGCAGAGCUUGGCUUGCAUCUAUACGAAGUACAGCUGGACAUUCAAAAUUGGAUACAAAUUCACGGGAUCAUUCAACUCAUAUAUGGGACGAAGCAGACACUUUUCUAGUUUGCAUUUACAACGUUUCACCCGAAAUACCAUACGCGAUUUUACGCGUACCGGUUAGUAGUUCCGCACAGGACGUAUUAGCCCAAGCACUUGUUAAGGCAAGAAGAAUGGAGGAUCCAAUGAAAUUCGUUUUGGUAGAGGAAUUGGAAUGGGGCGGGGCUGGCGCCGUUGGUAGUGGUAAUCGUCAAUUAAGAGUCCUUAGAGAUGACGAAAAUGUUUACAGUACGCAAGCGUUUUGGAAGACUCUUGGUCGAUUUAUAUUGAGGGAAAGAGAACAAGCGAUACCGAGACGACAUUUGUUACCGGCAACAUUAGACAGGCUCAGUAAGGGUUUCUCCGUUGGUAGAUCAGUAUCUCUUCCUGGAUCUAGCAAGGAAAAGGUUCCAGUUAGCGAGGCAUUAUCCGAUCCAACAUCAAGAGGUUUAAGACAUCGUUUAUUAAUGCCAGGUCGUAGACGAGAAGUCCAUUCCGACGGUGAGGAUACCCGCGAAUCUGAUCUAUUAAAUGCUGCCCUUCAUUUAAAAAAAGUUUCAUUGAGAAAAUUAAGAGUAUGGAAGUCAUAGUGGCAGUCACGGGCGACGUCGAUAACAUCGAUCUUCGCCGCUCGGAGAAAUCAGGUUUAAAUGAUCUAUUCAAAAUUAAUAUCGGACAUCUCUAGCCUAACAUAACAAAAUAAUAACAAAAAAAAAAUCAAUUAGGAUUGAAUUAAAGUGAAAAUGAAAGAGAAAACAAUAAGAAAAAUUGCAAUUUGUAUACGAAUUCGUACGAAUAGGACAAAAUCAUUAUUUCCUCUAUCUAACGAUAUAAUGUUAUCAAACAAGAAAAAAAAAAAAGAAAUAUAAUGAUUGUUUAUAUAAUUGCGGGCAUUACCGAAACGUAGAAAAAAAAUUCAAUUCGAUUCCAUUCGAUUCGAUUCGAUUCCGAUUCAAUUCGUCAAUGGAAAAUAAUUUAUUCCCUAUUAUUGGUUUAUUAUCAAAUUCGCUCUUAUUAUAUUCAAUUCAAUUCGUGUGGCUAUUCAAUAAGACCAUUAAAUAAUGAUGAUGUUCCGAAUAUUAUAAAUAUAUCGAAGAAUCAAUCAAGAAAUUAUUCAAUAGUAUAUAAAAUAUCAAUUUGAAGUAAUCACAAUGGAAAUUUCUUUCAAUUUUCUAUAAGCAAAUUCAAAGUCAAAGAAAUUAAAUCGAUCUAUAUCUAUGUUGGACCAUUAUCACACGUUGCGAUAGUGUGAUAGUCAUGGAUUAAUAAUAUGGAUACCGUAUUAUGGUGUCUCGUGUCGUCGUGUCGGCAAGAAAAACAAAAAAAAA